UAUAAAAGAUUGGCCACUCGAGAACUGGAGCAUCAUAACCGGUGUAACACUGUUCAAGUUCAAGAGUAGCGAUCCUCGUCAGUUUCAAGCCUCAAAAUGAAGUCAUUCCUGUGUAUUGCCUUGGUUGCGGCCAUCGUGGCUGCCGUGAGUUGCGCUCCGCAGUUCGGAUUCGGUGCCUCGGGGUCGGCUGCUAACGCCGGAGCUCAGUCGUUCAACCAGGGAGGCUUCGGAGGAUUUGGACCCCACGGUGGUGGUGGCUUCUCGGGAUCGGCCGCAAACGCAGGCUCGCAAUCCUUCACCCAGGGCGGAUUUGGUCCCCAUGGCGGUUUCAGCGGUUCGGCAGCUAACGCAGGUGCCCAGAGCUUCUCGGGCGGUGCCGGAGGUUUCCCAGGCUUUGGUGGAUUCAGUGGGUCGGCGGCGAACGCAGGUGCGCAGUCACAGACGUUUAGCGGUUAAAUUGUGAUUCCUCUUUUUGAGUCGACCUGCUCGAUAGGUCAAUGUGAUAGCCGAAAGUUAACGUUCCCGAAUAACUUGAAUAACUUUUCAAACGUA